AUGUCGGAUGAACCCGGAAAUACUCCUGCAGAAACCCCACAAGAGGUGAAGUUAUCAGAAGGUGAUGCUGAAAUGCCUAGUGAAGAGGUACAAAAUGUAGCAAUUAUGCCUGAUAAGACAGAAUUGCCCAGCCAGGCUGCCGAGGUGCCUCGUGAACAGAGUCGGGGAACUUCUGAGCUUACACAAGAAACUGCAGUUGAUGAAGGAUCCACACAAGAAGGAAGGCAACAGCUGGUCUCCUCAGGCACACAGUCCCAAAGCAUCCCUUUGAGGAAGAACCAAGUGCUGAGUUUCUCACAGGAGAUAGUUGUUAACGUAGAAACCCCUGAAAAGGAAACAAGUACAUCUGAAAAAGAGAUUUCGGUCAGGCAUGUGGAAGACCAAAUGCCCAGCGAAGCGAAUACUAUAGAAAAGGAAGGACUGGCUGAAGAACCAGGUCAAGAUGGGAGACCAGCAGAAGAUGCAGAAAUGGUGGUCUGGGGGGAUUUAGAACCGCAUCUGGCAAGCCAGGAAAGUAAGGCAAGCCAGGAACCUGCUGGAAAAAGAGAAGAGGGUGCCAUGAGUGGAAGUUAUCCGGAAGGUGCUGCCGAGGAAGAAACGCCUAAUGGACAAAUAAGUGUGGGAAUGUUCCCCAAAGAGGGAGACCCCUCCACACCAGACUCCCUUACCCAAGGUCUCCCUCCAAUUGAUGGGUCCGAAUCUGUUGUGUUUUCUGCCUUCCCCAGUAUGAUGUUUGAAGACAAGACCAAGAAAGUCUCUGCACACUCACUUAAUUUAUCUUGGGUCUUUGGCUAUAACAGCAAACUCCCAGUUUUCAACCUAAUAGAUGAAGAGUUUAGGGUGAUUUUGUACAUCUCUUCUCACACAGCUGUGAUUCAUGAUCUCCAGAGGAACAAGCAAUAUCACCUACAGGGACAUUCGAGUUGCAUCUCGUGUGUCUGUGUGAGUGAAGACAGAAGAUGGAUAGCAACAGCCGACGGAGGUCCUGAGAGCUUGGUGAUUGUCUGGGAUGGCUACUCAGCAGUUCCUGUGCACACGAUAUUUGACAGUCACCCAGAAGGGGGUGUUGGUGCCAUUGCAAUUUCCCACGAUUCCAGGUUUUUGGCUACUGUCGGUGCUGGGGCAGUGCAGAAAGUUUGCAUUUGGAAGUGGACCUCACCUGAAACAAAGCCUGUUUGCAGUGUAGAACUCCCACCUCAGUAUGGUUUUCAGGACAAUGUUGCAUUUAGUUCCAGAGACCAUUGUGAACUGGUCAGCAACAGCACCACACAAGUCAUAUUCUACAAGUGGGAAGGCAACAGUUUGCAGUUCCAUGCUCCGCUCCUGACAGACAAAACAUUCAACAAGGUGGUGGGAAUCUUUAGCCAGUCCCUUUUCCACUUUAGCACUGAACAAGCCAUUACAGGAACGCUGGAAGGGAAGUUGGUGGUUUGGGAUGCCGUGAAUCCUCCUUCCAGGUCUGCCGCUUUGUACGUCAAGCCCUACAACAUGAAAGCCAUCAAACUUGUGCAUUUGCAGAAAGAUGGGAUCACAGCUCUGGCUGUCAUGGACAAAACGAUUGUCACUUGUGAUGUCAAAGGCCACAUUAAAUUCUACGACGGAAACUUGCAACUUCUGCAUUGGUAUAGUCAGUUCAAACUGGGGCCCAUCCGGUCGAUUUCCUUCUCUAAGAAACCUGCAUGUCCCUCAAACACCUCCCAGUUGCCCAGUUCCUGUACCUUAACGGGCCAACCUUUAAUUGUCAGGAAUUUUAUCCUCUCCACAGCCGAUGCCGUGGUGGUUCAUGUCACGACGGAGGGGAUGAAAGUGAGCAAAUGCCUGGAGGAGCCCAAAGGGGCCGUCCACGCCAUCGCCUGCCACCCAACCAAGCCUCUUGUGGCCAAGGGGAGUUCUUGCGGGCUCCUGAAAGUGUGGCACUACGAGCUCAAUAAGUACCUCGUGAGCCGGAUCUUUAAGGGAGAGAGUAUCCGGAGUGUCUGCUACAACCACGACGGAUCCUUGCUGGCAGCUGGGUUCAGUGAUGGAAGUGUUUACAUCCUGGAUUCAAUAUCCCUGGAAAAUGACUGUGUGGAGCCUUUCAAAUAUACAAGAGGCCAAGUCAUCCAUAUGAGCUUCUCGCAUGAUUCUCAGUAUCUUGCAACCGCAGAUGACAACAUGUCAGUAACCCUUUAUAAACUAGUAAUUGCAGAUGAGAAGGAAGUCUGGGAGCGUCUGGCUGCACUCCGCUCUCAUUACAAGCCCAUUCGCACUCUCCUCUUUGGAGUUCACUUAGACAGCGAUACACCCCGGCUCUUAAGUUUGGGAGAAGACCGGCUUUUGGUGGAAUACGACUUGGAGAAAAGUGUAAAAGAUAAGCUGGUAGUUAUCCGAAGGGACCGCAUUGAGCAGAGUGCAGUCCCCAAAUACAUUACCUGGUACCCGCUUCUCACGACAGAACAUUUUUUCCUGACUGCCAAUGACGAGUACAAAAUGAAGAUUUAUAACGUGACCACGAAGAUGUGCAGAAAGACUGUUCUAGGACCUACAUACGGCUCUCCCCUGGAGAAGAUUCAAGUCCUUCCCGUUGCAGAGGGUUAUGAGCCUGAGAAACGGUAUCUGGCCUACAUCACAACAAACCAGAUUGGGCUGCAGAUCUUGCCUGUUGAUGGGAACCCGCACAAGUCCUCGGCUUUCAUUUGCCACCCAGCAGGUGUCUCCGACUUCGUCUGUUCCUAUGAUGGCUGCCACAUCUUCACAUCGGGGGGCAACGACUUGGCUGUAAUGAAAUGGGACAUUAAUUUAAACGUUCUGGAAGCAGCAGUUUCCCUGGGCGGGAAGGAUAUGAUCCCAUUCUACAACCUACUGGAUGGUGGCAGAGAGGGCGAAUUCUUCAGGGAACUGGAAGACUAUUUUUACUACGCGCAGCUGUGUCAUCAAGGCAUCAAUACCAUGGAGGCCCGAAAGGUGUCAACACACAUUCCCUUGGAGCAGAUUCCUUUCGUCAUGCGAGCGAUGGGUUUCUACCCAUCGGAGGAACAGAUUGAAAACAUGCUCAAUGAAGUCAAAUUUGGCGAAUAUCUUGAGACCGGAAAGCAAGUGACUGAAAUCAACUUGGGGGACUUCAUCAAACUCUAUAUAAAUCACCGGCCAGCAUUUGGGCUGUCCUUCAAAGAAAUUGAGACUGCCUUCCAAGUGCUGGGCUAUGAGAACGAGAAGCAAGAGAUGAAUCUGGACAGGAAUGAUCUGCUGCUCUUGCUCCAGCAGAGAGGAGAGCACUUCACGGAAGAGGAGCUGGCGGAGUGCCUCACCACACUGCUGGGCAUGAACCCUGAGGGAGGGUGCUCGGAGGCCGGCACCUUUGAUCCCACAGGUGCAGAAGCCUUCAUUGAGGAAGAAAUUCCUGAGGAAAUCACAGCAGCAGAUUUUGUGACAGAGAUUCUGAGCCUGCCCAUUCCUGAACCAGCAUUAACAGGGAUGGAAAAGACAACUGAAACCGGGAGCACUGCCCUGACAUCUAAGUCUUAAUGGCUUCUGACUCGUCGUUCUUUGUUUUGUAUUUGCUCUAGUGACCGAUUUCCUCGAAAGCACCUUCAGCCAUUAUAUUGUCUUACUAAAGGUGA